GUUCUUCCACUGCUCAAGAGAACUAGCCUGCCCCAAAGUCAAAACGAUCAACCUAUGAAACCUGGAGGGUUGGACUUUUCUUUCUUUCUUUCUUUUUUUUUUUUUUUAAGGUCUGAAUGAGGUGAUAUCUUCACGCUGACAGCUGAGAAGCAGGUCAGUCAGGUUCUUGGGUGCUCUAUUACACAAGCAAGAUUUGGCCAGCUCCACCUAAUUUUGUUUCUCAGACACCCUCCUGCUCAGUGGGACAUUGUCAUUCUUAACCCAUCUGCUUUCUCUAAUGCUCGGCAGACUCAUUCCAGCCAGGACAGCUGUCUGUGGUAUUUCAGUUCCUGUUUGUAAAUACCUCCAGAACCUACAGAUUCCUCUUAAUAACACCAAUACCAAAAAAGGCUACAAUGUUGACCUCAGCCAAAAUUCUAUUGAUUUCAAAUUUGUUUAGUUUACUAUUAAUUGGAAGCCAUGGGAAAGAAAGUCUAGAGAGAAACACAACACAAAGCAUUGCAGCAGGCUCAAAAACAAUGGAAAAUGAAUCUGUUCCUUUGGAAAGUUUUAGAAAUUUAAGCUCAAAUAAAGAAAAUAGAGAAACCUCCAAUCCUGAGGCAAGUAAUUCCUCUCUUUGGGACCCAUUAAAUAAACACCAUGGAACAACAGACGUCUUCAGCAAUUCAUCAACGAACAACAUUUCUAGGAACCCAAGACCCAUGCCUACGUCUCCCACAAGCCAUCCUCUGAUCCAUAGCUCUGUUUCUAAAUUGUCUUGGAACUCAUCCAUAGCAAAUGAAAAUUCUCUUCCAGUCUCAGCACCUCCCAAAGCUACAUCUGCUGUAUCUUCAGAAAAGUUCACUUGGUCUUCAGCCAGUGACACCAUAAAAACUCCUGACAACAGUUCCAUUUCAGUUAGCAUCCUCCCUAUAGCACCAAACAUCACAUCUGUGACUCCCAUGGUAACAAAAUCAGAUGAAUGGCUCACCACAUCCAAUGACAGCUUCAUAGGGUUUAACCCCUACCGAGAAACAACAACUUUACAGCCCACCUUAAAAUUUACUAAUAAUUCAAAAAUCUUCUCCAAUACAUCAGACCCCCAAGAAGAAAAUAAAAAUACAGGAGUAGUAUUUGGGGCCAUUUUAGGUGCUAUUCUGGGUGCUUCAUUGCUUAGUCUUGUUGGCUACUUGCUGUGUGGAAAAAGGAAAACGGAUUCAUUUUCCCAUCGACGACUUUAUGAUGACAGAAACGAACCAGUUCUGCGAUUAGACAAUGCACCAGAGCCUUAUGAUGCGAGUUUUGGGAAUUCUAGUUAUUACAACUCCACUGUGAAUGAUUCAUCUGUGCCAGCAGGCCAAGAAAAUGCACGGGACGGCAUCCCUAUGGAUGACAUACCUCAACUUCGUACCUCAGUAUAAAAGGAAAGGGAAGAAGGCUUCGGACGGCAAAUGAUCGCUUACACCCUAGUCUUUCCACAAGCCCAUCUUCCGAAAGCUGAAGCAAGAUCUCUGUCUUGUGGCUGUGCCAAGGAGAACUAUAAAAGUAUGAGACUAGUAGCAGAAACGUAGAGGAUAAAUCAUCUAAAAGGUUUCCUUUCUUACCAUUUUUGGCUGUACAGAAUCAUCUAUUGAGUAACCUUAAUUUGUAUUUUGGUCUAUUUUACUCUUUAGUGGGAAACGUUUGUGGGAAUCAGGUAAAACUAAAAGGGUUCACGAUGCUUGCCCUGCCUGAUAAUUUAACUAACCCUGUUGUCCUAAUUGCAUGCAUCAAUAUUGGCAUUUUCUUGAAGGCAAAUUAGGACACUUUCUUGAAGGAAAAGUUUUUUAAAAUUUUGACUUAGAGAGUAUAUGGAGUUUCUGCUCCUGGGGAAAUUAAGGUAAUGGGAGUGAGAGACUUGUAUUGUAGAACGUUUUACUUUCCUAUCUCCAGCACAUACAUGGUCAGCCCCUUGAAUGGCCAAGCAGACAAUGACUUUGCAUUCAACAGGGCAAUGGUAGGGAAGCUGACUCUUAACCAGGAAUGGUAUCAGUUCUCUUCAAAGGGUGAGGAAUCUUAACAUGCCUGAUUUCUUUUAGGACUCAAUUAAUUUGGGUGCUUUAAAGAGUCAAUGAGAAACAUGGUGAUAAAACUCAGCCAAAGCAUAUACCUGUACAUAAUUUUUACAGUUUUAAGAUGUUAAAUAAGAACAAGAUUUAUUAUGUAUUAGAUAUCAUUGCUUAAUCAAACAUGGAAUAGAUUGUCUAUCUAAGUGUGUAAAGUGUAACAUUAAAAAAUAGACACAUAGAAAUAUUAUGCAAACAAAGCAUUUUCUGAGCAUUACUUCUACACGCAGAAGUACAGGUGUUAUAAAUUUGAAUUCUAGUAUGUUCCAGUUUUUUUUUUUUUUUUAUAAUUACCACCAGCUUUCAGCAGGAAAAACACACUCCUCAGUAUAGAAAGGUCAAGGCUUUAGGGACUAGAGGAUUAGCAGAAGAGUUAAAUUCUCAAAGAAGCCAUGAAUGUAUGAAGCGAACAAAGCAAGCAAGAGAUUUCACUGUUGAAUUGAUACACAGGGUGUGUUUGUGUGUGUGUAUGCGUGUGUGUGUACAUAUGUGAAGAAACAACAGCCUCAGGAAACAAAGACAAGCAAUUAAGUAACAGAAGAACAUACUUACCCCAUAUUGCCAUAAAAAUAGCAAAGAAGACGGUCCCUCCAUUAUCAAACAAAUAUGUCACCUUAAUGGAAAAUGAAGCAAAAAUAUUAAUCACAUACUGAUUAUAGUAAUCUAGUGAUUACAGUGUACAUUUAAGUUCUAUGAUUUUUUUUUCCAAAUGAAUCACAUUAUUUUAUGGUCUGUAAAUAUAAGAUGUAUGAUCCUUUCAUGAGUCCUGUAACUGUUUCUUAUGAUUUUUUCAUGGGAAGAGAUGAGGAGUCAACAUUUUCCCUAUUUUCUUCUUUGGACUUCACCUUCAUUUCUGCUGAAAAGGGGCUCUAGCACCCUGAGGAAGUACUGUGGGCCACUGAUCGUCAGACUAAGUUUAGCUUUUCAGUUGAGGCAUACCUAGUUGCACUUCCUGUCUGCAAAAUUUCCAGGACUGGGGAAGCUGUAACUACAACAUGCAGAAUUCCACCAGUGAGCCGGCACUGGCACUUUCAACGGAAAGGUAUCAUAGUGCUUGCCCUACUUUUGGACAUCUAUCAGAAUGUGUCAUGGGUCCAAUAGUGGCUACAACUUUUUUCAAGAAGUUUCAUAUAUCAUUAAACAUUUAGGAUAUUACCCAAGUUUUUUUCAAUCAGACAUUAUCUGAAUUUUUAUAAAGAUCAGUGUACAGUUAUAUGAUGUUACUGAAUACAAUAUUCAGGGUUGCAAGGAUUGUUUGAUUUUAAUAAAUCAUAAAUUCAACUUA